CCAGAUGGAUUUUUGUAAUGGACACACUUGGGCAGAUUGUUGCUACGGAGCAGUUAUUACCUUCCUUACCAUAAGCAAACUUCGCAUUCCAAACCCGCUCGCUCCUUCCCGUGUGGAAUAUCCCCAAGGUGGCCACAGGAACUUGCCGCCUUCAAUCCAACUCGAAAGCAUGGUGAUCCCGAGAGAUGACCAGCCAAACCAGGUAGAUGAUGACAAGAAGAACGUGUUCCGGUUCGCCAUGAAGAGUAACUGGGAACAAGUAUUGGACAUAUGCACAAAGAAUCCGUCGAUCCAACGGGAAAAGAUCACCAGCUCAGAGGACACUCUAUUGCAUAUAGCGGUCACGGAUGAUCAGAUGGACUUCGUCAAAGAGCUUUUGAAAGAGGUGACUAGCGUGAAAAUCCUAGCGAUGCAGAAUGAGAUGGGAAACACUCCACUCCACUUAGCAGCAGCAAUGGGGAAGGUGGGCAUGUGCACAUGCAUGGUGGACAAAUACCGGCAAUUGAUCAAGAACGGCCACGAGGAAGGGGAGACACCACACUAUGAUCAACAGGCCGUAGCCAUCAGUCGAAUCGGGAUCCACAAGGAAGGGGAGACACCACACUAUGAUCAACAGGCCGUAGCCAUCAGUCGAAUCGGGAUCCACAACAAGGAACUGGAGGCGCCUCACCAUGAUGAGCAGACCAAAUCCAUUAAUCUACUUAACGUCCGUAAUAAUGAAGGGGAGACGCCACUCUUCGUGGCCGCUCUAUAUGGUAAAAAGGAAGCAUUUCUCUACCUGUAUUCUCAGUGUCCUCCUGAAAUGGUCAGGGACUAUUGGAGGAGGACUGAUGGUAAUAGCAUUCUCCAUGUGGCCAUUUCUGGGGAAUACUUCGGUUUGGCCUUCGAUAUGCUGAAAAGGUGCGAAAAUAAAAGACACGAUCUUACUAACUCAGUGAACGAGAGAGGGCACUCGCCUCUCCAUGUUCUAGCAAGUAAUCCUUCGGCUUUCAAAAGUGGUAGUCACCUAGGCAGACUUGAGACAAUAAUCUACAAUUGUAUUGUGGUUGAGCCUCUCAAAGAGACAGACCUUAAAAGUGCCUUAAAAGAAGCAAAUCGAAGGGAGGUUGAAUCUCAAAAGGAACCCGUCCGUGUGCUGCCCGAGAACUACAGGGUCUGGAUGGACUUCUUCACGGUGGUGCGGAUGGUAUUUAAUUACAUAGUUGUCCAGCUAUGGCGCCCAUGGCAUCUGACGCAAGGAAAGAACCCACUUGAUGCAGAGAACCCACAACCUGAGACAUCUGCAUCCACAAGUUCUCAUGGGGAUGGAGGCCAAAGCCAUCAAAGCAGCCAAGAGAGAAGUUACAAUGCACAGGAACAACCAUUUCCGAGUAAUUAUGAAACGUGCUAUGAUUUCUUUGAGCUUGCAAUAAUGGCCUUACAAGUGGUUGGAUUUGGGUACAUAAGAAUGCAGAAAAUUAAAGAGAAGAAACGAAAACAUACUUGGGCAGUUCAAAUAAUGAACGAACUUGUCCAGCAAGCUUCAUCAUGGGAGUAUAAUGCUUGGAGUAAACCACAAGAAUCAAGUGUUCUGAAUAUGCAAGAUAUCAUUGAUCGGCCUCCAGUGGACGAUACAGUGGAAGAAAAGAAGGAUACCGGAAGCCCAAAUUCGUCUCACCAGGCCCACGAUGAAAAAGGGGACGGAGGCAACAUGACCGAAUUUUUAAAUAAAAUCCUCAACAUCCCUCCACAAUCAGAGAAGGGGAAAAAAUAUGACGACAAGAAUACAAUACAAAUGACAAUGGAAAAUAAACAACCACAUAUGUACAGUCUUAUAAUGGAAAUGAAGAAGGAGAACCAAGAUGAUGGAGGUAAGAAGGAGUCUCCAUUAUUAAUUGCAGCAAAGAUGGGAGUGAAGGAGAUGGUAGGGAAAAUUCUAGAUGCUUUCCCAGUAGCGAUUCAAGAUGCGGAUCGAGAUGGUAAGAAUGUAGUGCUCUUGGCAGUGGAGUACAGGCAACCCCAUGUAUACCAGUUAUUGUUGAGCUUCGAAUCUGCUUCCAAGGAUAGUGUCUUUCAGAAAGUAGACAAAGAAGGGAACAGUGCCUUACACUUGGCAGCAACGCUAGGCCAGAGUAAGCCCUGGCGCAUCCCAGGUGCUGCUCUACAAAUGCAAUGGGAGAUAAAAUGGUACCAGUAUGUGAAGCAAUCUAUGAAACGACAUUUCUUCAUACACCGCAAUAACAAAGGCCGGACAGCUAAGGAGGUGUUCACCGAAACACAUGAAGAUUUGGUUAAAGAUGGCGGUACAUGGCUAACCAAUACAUCUCAAUCAUGCUCAGUUGUCGCAGCACUAAUUGCAACGGUGGCUUUUGCCACAGCGACAACAGUUCCGGGAGGUGUUCAACAAGAAACAGGAACCCCAACACUUGAAGGCAAGCCUGCAUUUGAGGUAUUUGCCGUCACGUCACUUAUUGCACUGUGCUGCUCCGUGACAUCCCUAACUAUGUUCCUCGCCAUUCUUACUUCUCGCUACCAAGAAGCUGAUUUCCGUCGCAGUCUACCAGUGAAGCUGAUUUUUGGUCUUAGUACUCUCUUCAUCUCAAUUGCUUCCAUUUUGGUUUCCUUCUGUGCUGGCCACUUCUUUGUCCUCGAAAACCAGAUCAGGUAUGCAGCCUUCCCUGUGUACGCUGUCACUUGCUUACCCAUAACAUUUUUUGCAGCGGCGCAAUUACCACUCUACGCGGAUCUUAUAAGAUCUUACAUAGCAGUGGUGCCACAGCGGACGUCUGAGAUGACUUCUCUCUAAUUUUCUGUUUGCUACAUACGCUUUCCGCUGAUAUGUUUCGCUUUUGUGCACUUUAGUUGGGUUGUUGUUGUUCGUAACAGACAGUUCUUGGAUUUGCUUCAUGACUUCUUAUUUUGGGGAUUGUUUCAAGUUCUUUAUUGGGUUUGUAUGGAGUUUUCUAUUUGGGGAUUGUUUCUAGUUUUUUUCUUGUGUUUCUUUGGAGUUUUCUAUAAGUUUUUUCUUGUGUUUGUAUGGACUUUUAGGAUGAGAUUGAUAUGGUUUUAUGGUUGGUGAUAAUUUAAUAUAAUGAUUAUUUCCA